AUGGCAAUUCCCGCCUCCUCGUCCUACGGACUGCCCAUCUUCUCUCACCGAUACUUCAAUCUUCCUGGCAUUGCGGCUGUCUUGACCACCCUCCUUUACUUCAAGCAAAAGGCUUUGAUCUACCCAUCGCAUAUGCCCCCAAACUCCCGUACCGAUGUCCCACGACCUUCGCAGUACGGCAUUAAGGAUUUUGAGGAGCUGGUCAUACCCACAAACGAUGGCGAAAAGCUGUCGGCAUUCUACAUCCGCGGUCCCCGGGGCGGGAACAACGCCAACGUCACUAUUUUAAUGUUCCAUGGCAAUGCCGGCAAUAUCGGUCACCGCCUACCCAUUGCUCGCAUGCUGAUCAAUUUUAUCGGCUGCAAUGUUUUUAUGCUCGAGUAUCGCGGCUAUGGCUUAUCGACUGGCGAACCCGACGAAUCCGGUCUGUUCCUUGAUGCCCAAACGGCACUUGACUACUUGCGCUCUCGCGCAGAGACGAGCAAUCAUAAGUUGAUUGUGUAUGGUCAGAGUUUGGGCGGGGCCGUUAGCAUCAAGCUCGUCUCCAAGAACCAAAAGGAUGGCGAUAUCGCGGGCCUAAUCCUGGAGAACACAUUCCUCUCCAUGCGCAAGCUUAUCCCUUCCGUUCUACCCCCGGCAAAGUACUUAACUUUACUGUGCCACCAAGUAUGGCCGAGCGAAUCGGUUAUCCCUAGCAUCACCUCGGUGCCUAUCCUCUUCCUCUCUGGUCUGCAAGAUGAGAUCGUCCCGUAA